AUGGGCUGUUUGCUACCAGUGCUGCCGGGGCUGGACCCGGGGGUCGGGCUGGGGGGGGGGUCCGGGAGGCUGAGCGGAGCAGCAGCUGUGAUCCUGAGCAGAGAUGGUACCAUCAGCAUCCGCCAGCAGCCAGAUAGUCCUGGUUGCAGCGGGUGUACAGAACCAGAGGUAAUUGAGUCGUUGGGAAUCCUUGUUUACAAAGCCUUGGAUUGGGGGCUGAAGGACAAUGAGGAGCGGGAGCUGAGCCCCCCUCUGGAGCAGCUCAUUGAUCGCAUGACAAACAUUCUGGACGAGGGGCUGCUGGGGGAAGGGAUCCUGGAUGAAGGCUAUGAUGGACAAGAUGAAGAGCAGGAGCCAGAGAUGGGUGAAAUCAUCACCUUGAGAAGCUUCAGACACGUCAUGAUGCAGAUGUGUCUACCCCUGAGAGAAGCAGGAAGCCGGUGGCCAGUCCCCUUUCGAACGGAGUCCCGACUCCCCAAGCAGAGGAGCCCGGGCUGAGCGGGUCCCAGGGCCAGAGGAGGCGACUGUUGAAGGCCCCGACACUCGCCGAGAUCGACAGCAGCGAUUCUGAGGAGGAGAGACGGCAGCUUGUACACGGUGGCUCGAGCUCCUCAGCUCCGCAGGUGGAUGGCAGUUCCCCGGAGACACCGGCCGGCAAAAAGACCCCUCCAAUGUUCCUGCCGAUAUCAUCAACGCCACAACCUGAACGGAGGAAAGCUCCCCAGCGACGGCACUCCAUCGAGAAGGAGACGCCAACUAAUGUGCGGCAGUUCCUGCCUCCCUCCAGACAGAGCUCCAAGUCUCUGGAGGAGUUUUGUUACCCAGUGGAGUGUUUGGCCCUGACGGUGGAGGAGGUCAUGCACAUCCGACAGGUCCUGGUCAAGGCAGAGCUGGAGAAGUACCAGCAAUAUAAGGAGAUCUACAACGCCUUGAAGAAGGGGAAGUUGUGUUUCUGUUGCCGGACAAAGAGAUUUUCUAUCUUUACCUGGUCGUACACUUGCCAGUUCUGUAAAAGACCCGUGUGCUCACAGUGCUGUAAGAAGAUGCGAUUACCUUCCAAACCGUACAGCAAUCUGCCCAUCUUCUCAUUGGGACCAUCGACGUUGGGGAAGGAAGGGAAAGCCAUCAGACCAGAGAAAGCCUCCAGCAGCCGCCGUCGUCAUGACAACCAACACAAAACUCUAGCCAGACAAUCUUCAGUCCCUAAACCUGUGGAGAAGGCCAGUGGCGACUCCCUGGAGUUUCCCAAAGAGCUGAUGGAGGACUGGAGCACUAUGGAGGUGUGUGUGGACUGCAAGAAGUUCAUUUCAGAAAUCAUCAGCUCCAGUCGCCGCAGUCUGUUCCUGGCCAACAAGCGAGCGCGGUUAAAACACAAAACACAAUCCUUUUACAUGGCCUCAACGAGCUCCGUGGAGUUCCAACUCGCAUCACCCAAGGAGAGAACUAUCAAAGAGGUUUAGACUUGUGCCUUCCCCCUUUCCUCUCUCUCUGUCUCUCCCUC